AUGCACACCACUGCAGAGCUCAUGCAGAUCUACGAAUCGGACAAACACCUCUCCCGGUACUUGCAUAUCAUCCGAGAUUCAGUUGUCUACCCGAUCAUUUAUGAUGCAGAGGACCACGUGUUGAGUAUGCCACCUAUCAUCAACUCGGAGCAUAGUAAGAUCACGCUGGAGACUAAGAAUGUGUUCAUUGAUACGACUGCAACGGAUGAUACGAAGUUGCAGAUCGUGAUUAAUAUGGUGGCGAUCCCUCCUACCCUCUCAUCCAAUGACCCCGACGCUCUAAUCGUUUCACUCCCAUGCACUCGUCCUGACAUCUUCCACGAAGUCGACAUAAUGGAAGACGCAGCAGUCGCUUACGGGUUCAACAUUCCUCCAGACCAGCACAACCGCACAACCAUCACCGAUCAGCGGGCUGACGAGGUCAUCCGGAGGGAAUGGGCGAUGGCAGGAUGGAUCGAAGCAUUACCUUUCAUUCUCAUACGUCCCUUCUCCCCUCAACGCCUAUACACGUCUAACCCAACCUAA